UGACUCUCCCCUCCCUGCCCUCGCUCUCUCGCUCGCCCUCAGCGCGGCCCCCGCCAUGACGGAGGCGGGUGCCGGUGCCGUUGCCGCUGCCGCCGUCGCAGGGGGGGAGUCGGGUUCUCAGAAAGUAGCUUGAUGAGUGUCCAAAGUAGCAGUGGAAGUUUGGAGGGGCCGCCAUCUUGGUCCCAGCUCUCCACGUCUCCAACCCCGGGCUCGGCGGCGGCAGCCAGGUCCCUGCUGAAUCACACGCCGCCAUCCGGGAGGCCCAGGGAAGGUGCAAUGGAUGAGCUUCAUAGUCUGGAUCCAAGAAGGCAAGAAUUGUUGGAAGCUAGAUUUACAGGAGUUGCAAGUGGGAGCACUGGGAGCACUGGCAGUUGCAGUGUUGGAGCUAAAGUAAGCUUGUAUUUUAAGAAUAGUCAUUUAAAUUUACAAACAAAUAUAGGUGAAGCUACAGAAUGUGAGACUGUGGCCUCAACAAAUAAUGAAAGCUCUAAUCACAGUUUUGGAAGCUUGGGAUCUUUAAGUGACAAAGAAUCAGAGACACCAGAGAAGAAACAAUCGGAAUCAUCUAGAGGAAGAAAGAGAAAAGCAGAAAACCAGAAUGAAAGUAGUCAGGGAAAAAGUAUUGGGGGACGUGGCCACAAAAUUAGCGACUAUUUUGAAUACCAAGGUGGUAAUGGCUCAAGUCCAGUAAGAGGCAUACCUCCUGCGAUCCGUUCUCCUCAGAAUUCACAUUCACAUUCCACUCCUUCCUCAUCUGUUCGGCCGAAUAGCCCUUCUCCUACUGCGUUAGCUUUUGGGGACCACUCUAUUGUACAACCAAAGCAGUUAUCCUUUAAAAUUACUCAGACUGAUCUCACAAUGCUGAAAUUAGCAGCACUAGAAAGUAAUAAAAACCAGGACCUGGAAAAGAAGGAAGGUCGUAUAGAUGACUUGCUCAGGGCUAACUGUGAUCUCAGACGGCAAAUAGAUGAACAACAAAAAUUACUUGAAAAAUACAAAGAACGAUUAAAUAAGUGCAUAUCAAUGAGCAAGAAACUGCUUAUUGAAAAGAGUACACAAGAGAAACUGUCAAGCCGAGAGAAGAGUAUGCAAGACAGAUUACGCCUUGGGCACUUCACAACAGUUAGACAUGGUGCUUCAUUUACUGAACAAUGGACAGAUGGUUUUGCAUUUCAGAAUCUUGUGAAGCAGCAAGAAUGGGUGAAUCAGCAAAGGGAAGAUAUUGAAAGGCAGAGGAAACUUCUAGCCAAACGCAAACCUCCCACAGCUAAUAAUUCUCAGGCACCUUCUACCAAUUCUGAACCAAAACAAAGGAAAAACAAAGCAGUCAAUGGAGCAGAAAAUGAUCCCUUUGUUAGACCAAAUUUACCACAACUGUUGACUUUGGCAGAAUAUCAUGAACAGGAAGAAAUUUUCAAACUUAGACUAGGACAUCUCAAAAAGGAAGAGGCAGAAAUCCAGGCAGAACUUGAACGUUUGGAAAGAGUUAGAAAUCUUCACAUUCGAGAGCUCAAAAGAAUUAAUAAUGAAGAUAAUUCGCAGUUCAAGGAUCACCCAACGUUAAAUGAAAGAUAUUUAUUACUUCAUCUGCUUGGUAGAGGUGGCUUUAGUGAAGUAUAUAAGGCUUUUGACCUUUAUGAACAAAGAUAUGCUGCUGUGAAGAUCCAUCAGCUUAAUAAAAGCUGGAGGGAUGAGAAGAAGGAAAACUACCACAAACAUGCCUGCAGAGAGUACAGAAUACACAAAGAACUGGAUCACCCCAGAAUAGUUAAACUCUAUGAUUAUUUCUCCUUGGAUACAGAUACGUUUUGUACAGUGUUAGAAUACUGUGAAGGCAAUGACUUGGAUUUCUAUCUGAAGCAACAUAAAUUAAUGUCAGAGAAAGAAGCUAGGUCUAUUGUAAUGCAAAUUGUAAAUGCACUAAGAUAUCUCAAUGAAAUCAAACCACCUAUUAUACAUUAUGAUCUUAAGCCAGGAAACAUCCUUCUGGUAGAUGGAACAGCAUGUGGAGAAAUCAAAAUCACUGAUUUCGGUCUGUCCAAGAUUAUGGAUGAUGAUAGCUAUGGUGUAGAUGGAAUGGAUCUAACUUCCCAAGGGGCAGGCACUUACUGGUAUUUACCUCCUGAAUGUUUUGUAGUUGGAAAAGAACCACCAAAGAUUUCCAACAAGGUUGAUGUGUGGUCAGUCGGAGUCAUCUUCUUUCAGUGUCUUUACGGUAGAAAGCCAUUUGGUCACAAUCAAUCUCAACAAGACAUUCUUCAAGAAAACACAAUAUUGAAAGCCACAGAAGUCCAGUUCCCUGUAAAACCGGUUGUAAGCAGUGAGGCAAAGGCCUUUAUAAGACGCUGUUUGGCAUACCGAAAAGAAGAUCGAUUUGAUGUGCACCAACUGGCAAAUGACCCAUACCUUCUCCCGCACAUGAGAAGAUCAAAUUCUUCAGGAAACUUACACAUGGCUGGGCUGACAGCAUCCCCUACACCCCCUUCUUCAAGCAUAAUUACUUACUGACUUCCCUCCAAAACUGGCAUGAUAUCUUUGAAUUGCUUCCAGAUGCACACUUGAGUUUGAGAGCAUUUGAGUGUUUUUGUUGUUUUCUUUUUUACACAGGACAUGGUUGAGAACUGUGAUGAAGUUCUUCAUAGCGUCAUUUGUAUGAGACUGGAUCAUGGACAAUGAAUAAAUGUACACUUCUGACUAUAACCUGGAGCAGUGAAGGAUGACGGCCUGUUGCACAGAAACAGGAGUACCAUGUUAAGAUAGAAGAAAAAUGGUUUUUUGUUUGUUUGGGGGAACACUGUAAAUAACGUUUAUAAUACUUAAAUACAUUUGGUUGUUACUAGAGAGUUCUAAUAUGAAGGGUAGUUUUUCAUUAUUUAAAAACACAUGAAAAAAAUAUGAGACAUAUUUCUCACACAAGAACUAUAGUGCCUGGAUACAUUCUUCAGCAUUCGGCAGUUACCUGCUGAAACCAAAGUAAGAACUGAAUGACAGUGACAGUUGUGUUUUAUAGUAAUAGAAUGUGAGAGUUAGACUCUGGACAAAGUUAGACUUUGUCAUUUGCUUGUUCUGGCUUUUACCAAGUUGUACCUCGAAAUCAUGUCCGUUUUUUUCACUGGUUAUGUUAAAGGGAGAGCUCAGAUACUUUACACCCUUGACAAAAUGAGCUGCUUGUUUUGAAAUCAGUUGAAUUCACUAAAUUGUAAUAUCUCCAGUGUUUUCAACAUGUUACAAUUAACAGAUAUUUUUCUUUUAUUACCAGGCCUUGUUCAUUAAAACAAGUGACAGUAUGUAACCAAAUGCAGACCAGUUCUAUGCAGGAUAAUGAUAAAUUCCCUUCUAGCUCUAUUGUAAAUUGUUGUACAGAUGUCGUAUUUCAAUUACCAAGUUUCAGCAGCUUAUUCUUGUACAAAUGUUUAAAAAUAGGGCUUUUCUAAUUGGAUAUUGUAUUUUUUUUAAGUCUUCUUGAAGGCGCUUUAAUUGCUGCUAAAUGAUGUUGCUUCUUUGCUAAAAAAUCGAAUGACCUCCUUAAAGGUGCAAGUCGACUGUACAUCAUAGAGUGAUAUUAAAAGCGGACAUUCAUUAACAAUCAAGGCAUGUAAAACUGAUCCAUGUUGGACUUGUAGAGUUCUCUAAAUCAGUUUCUUGGGUUCUAGGGCUGUGGAGCACAUAGAUACUAGAUUUAUAAACUGUUCAUGGUUAUUCUACAUUUCUAGAAGGUUCUUAUCAGCAAGAUGGGAUGAUGGUCCCAUAAACAAGUUUCUUGUGGUUUGUACAGAUUUGUUAAAAUGUGAACAUUUUCUAAUUGCCUUGUAUGGUAGAAACCAUUAUUUUUCAGGAUGCUGUAUUUCACUCCUGUAAGAUUAUUUCUUUAUUGUCACAUUCAUAAUGCUGAUACUUACAUGUAAGUUGUCCAUGUUGCCGAAAAGGAGGCUAUAACUUACAACAGAUUCUCCUUAAUAUUGUACAGUUAAACUGUGGCUCUUAUUUCUGAUGUUGCAAGCCAUUUUGUUUCUUCGUUGUAUAUAGACACAUUGUCUCUUUAAGAUGCUGCUGAAAUUGUAGAGAAUGUAGCCAAAACAGUAAUAAACAAUGACAGUUAAAAUUUAAAGACUAUGAAAAUUACAUUCGAAGGGAGCUUUCAAGAUUUAGGGUAUUGACUGAUUUGGCUCCUUUACUUAAGAAUCAGCUGAAUAAAUCCUUUAAGUAUACUUCAAGACAAGUAUAAAGUGUUUCAAGCUGUUAAAGUAAACCUAAUAACCAUUAUCAAGGCUAAUCCUAGGUAAGUAACACUUAGCACUAUCAGGAAUGGCGUAAGGGCUAUACCUGCUCCUCUGUAGAUUAAGAUAGAAAUCCUAUAAAAAAAAUAUUGACACAGUAAUGAAAUGUUAGCAUUGAUUGAGUGCUUUAGGUGCUGCCCGAAAAUUUUUCAGUUUUGUUGUUUUGGGUUUUUAUCUUUCCAAAUCAUAAAGUGCUAUGUUCAUAUAGUAACUAUUAUUUGAAGUCCUGAAUUAAAAGAAAAUGCCCAGUUUUGCUUAAAAUUUUGGUGAGAGAUUAAGUGGACUGUACAUCUCACAUGAAGUUGAAUUAGUAUAGACCUAGCCUAGAUCACUGCUUUACCAUAUUAAUUUCAAAUGAAUGAAAAUGACUGCUGCUGUCAAAAUGUAGGAAAGGAGGAAAACAAGCCAUAAAACUGCUUCCCUGACCUGGGUUUGGUAAUCAUUUAGAAUCAAAGAUGUAUUGGAGAUGAAUUAACUCAUAGACUGUCUCUUCAUCUUAAAGUUUUCCAAACAAAAGCUAUAGGUUUAGGGUACUAUGUCAGUUACCCAGCAAGUACAAGAUGGCCAGCUGAGCCAAAUUGAAUAAUUUACUGUUAUCUUCACGUGGGAAAUCGGUGUCUUUCACUAAAUAAUUUCAGUUGUUCUGGCGAUCUUUGGCUCUAAUAUCCUUUGAAGCUUAAAUUGUUUUCUGGUCUCUUGAAUUUUGUCUUCAGAAUUAAAGCAUGUCUUGUAUCCCUAAGACAGUAGCCAAGGUCUUCUCCCUUUGAGAGUCAGCACUGAUGCAAGGUAAAAUGUACAGUUUUUGCAUAUAAUUUUAAAGUUUCUUCGAUGUGAAUUAGCUAUAGUGUGUGCAUGUUGAGAGGAAGUAAGGGUAGAAAUCAUCCUAAUAAUCUGUAAGUCGGGGAGUUGGGUAGAUACUUGGUUGUUUUUCAAAAAUAAAGUCUCGGUCUAUUUUUUUCCUUACUGGCUGCCAUCCCCUUCUCCUAAAAAACAGAACUCUUUCCGGUUAAAGGGACAUAAAAUGUGAACAAAUACUUUUACAGAUACCUCAUUACAUGAAGCCAAAGUGGUGGAGAGCUUCAGUGAAACAUUUUAAGAGUAUAUUGUUUGUUUUGCUGUUCAUCGUUACUUAUUAAAUGCAAUAAUGUUGAUUAUCA